AUGAGCUCGCGACUCGUUGAUAUCAUCAAGACGGCUGCAAAGCCUCUCCCUGCCAUUGCAGAUGAAACAUUCGGAUCCUAUUUUGAUCAUCUUAAAAAUUACAAAGUUGUUUUGCUAGGUGAUGGAAGCCAUGGCACAUCAGAGUUCUACCAUGCUCGAGCAGAAAUUACAAAACACCUGAUUGAACACCAUGGAUUUGACACGGUAGCGCUGGAGGCAGACUGGCCAGAUGCAGAAGAGCUAGAUAGAUACGUGCGGCAGCGACCAGGCGUUAAGGGUAAAUUGGAGAAAGGAAAAGACGAGCCAUUUCAGCGAUUCCCGACGUGGAUGUGGAGGAAUAAAGAGAUGCAAGACCUCGUCCACUGGAUGAGAGACCAUAACGCCAACCUUCCCCCGCAGAGAAGAGCUGGAAUCUAUGGGCUUGAUCUUUACAGUAUGGGAAGGUCCAUUGACGCCGUAAUAAAGUACCUCGACACAGUUGACCCAACGAUGGCAAAACUGGCGCGCCAGAGAUAUGGUUGUUUGCAGCCGUGGGUGGAAGAUCCAACAGCCUAUGGGUUCGCGAACUUUACCAAUACAAAAAUGAAAAGUUGCGAAGAUCAAGUCAUCACAAUGCUGCGAGACUUGCUCCAGAAACGAUUAGAAUACGCUACCCAUAAGAACAAUGGCGAAGAGUUCCAUAGUACAGCGCAAAAUGCUUAUCUCGUGGCAGAUGCAGAAUCGUAUUAUCGAGCGAUGUAUUCUAGCAGGGCCGAUUCAUGGUCAUUGAGAGACUCACACAUGUUUGAGACGCUCCAGCGACUACUGAAACACAAGCCACCAUCCUCUAAGGCAAUAGUGUGGGCCCAUAAUAGCCAUAUUGGCGACGCAAGGUAUACUAGCAUGGGCAGGCAUCGUGAUGAGCUCAACAUCGGGCAGUUGUGCCGUGAGAACCUUGGGCGUGAGAACGUAGCAUUGAUCGGCUGCGGUACACACACAGGCACUGUGACUGCUGCGCACAAUUGGGAUGAAGAUGCAGAAGUUAUGAAGGUGCGGCCGUCUCGACCUGACAGCUGGGAAUAUCUGGCGCAUCAGACUGGCAUCCCGUCCUUCUAUCUCGAACUUAGGCAGGGACUAGUCGAUCCACAUGUGCGGCAGGAAAUUCACAAAGCAUCGCCACGACUAGAGCGCUUUAUCGGAGUGAUAUAUCGCCCAGCAACCGAACGAAUGUCCCAUUAUUCUGCGGCUGAUCUUGCCAAUCAGCUAGAUGGAUAUAUCUGGUUUGAUGAGUCCAAGGGUGUCAGGCCUCUGGAGAUGACGCAGCCUAGGACUCCUCUCGGAAUGGAUGAGACUUAUCCAUUUGGCUUGUGA